AUAGCUCACUGAACAAAGAUUAAAGCUCGGUCAAUGCCAAAUUAACAAUAAGAUCAACAAGAGCACUUGGGGCAACAGCAUCAUGGGUGCCGCAUCCACUGAUUAUGUUGCCCUGUUUUUCGUCUACACUUUGGCACUUUUUGCGCUUUCAGAGGGUACAGGAAAUAACUGUAGCUCAUGCAAAGAGCAGGACUGUUUGCAGCUGGAAGCAGCCCUGAAGAAAAGUGAAUUCCUCAUUACGGAAAUCAAAGAUAUCAUGCUAGAGAAAGAGGCCGAAAAUAGGCUUGUCAGGAAGCAAAUUGUGGACUCCAAAACCGUUAAUGCCAAGGCCAUAGAAAAACUUGCAAAACGAUUGGAACUUGUAGAGGGGAGUUCAAAAACUUUGGCAAAUGGUGUAAAUGCACUCAACUCAAGAUCUGAUAAAUUCAGCGAGGAACUUAAAACUGUAGCCAAGGACUUGAACUCUACUUGUCAACCAAAAUUGGAAAAAGAGGUUCAGGAAUGUGAUUUAUUGGCAGAAGAACUGGCAAAUGCAAAAUCUAGCUUUGAUUUGGAGCUGAACAAGACAAAGAGCCUCUAUGAACCGAAAUAUAUGAAAUAUGACAAGCUAAAAUUAAAAUUAGAUACAUUAUUGAAAAAUCCCAAAAAUAGCAUAAAUUUCGCAAAUGGAAGAUGGUACCAUUAUGAGGAAACCAAGCUGUCGUGGAAUGAUGCUAAAUCAUUUUGCGAGGACCGCGACAUGAUUUUGCCCAACACAAAAACUUUUGGCGACUCUGUGGUAGUUUGGGGCAAAGCCGGCAUCAUGAAUCUCUACGAAGUGUGGAUCCAUGGUACGGACGCAGGUCGUCCUAAGGGAGAAUACGCAUGGAGCGAUGGUACAGUUGUGCAGGAUUUGAGCCAAGGCAGAUGGCACUAUGGGGAACCCUUGUACAAUUAUGCGGAUGAUGCGCCUCAAUGCAUGUGUUUGUACCUCAGCAGAUUUUAUGCGAGACCUUGUACCAUGAAACUGUCUUUUGUCUGUGAAAUGCCACCUGAAACAAAAGAAUAAUUUACUCUGCUGAUUUGCCUCUUAAUUGGUCUUUAAAUAAGUGCAUCUGUAACCACUUUUCCUGCUUUUAUAAUUUCUUAUCAAGUAUCGAAAAUAAAAUUUUAUUAUUCUCAACA